CUCAAAGAAGGUAGGUUGUGCCCGCAAGCUGUCAAGGGAGAAGGAAGCGAACAACCGUCAACAAAGUCGUUUAAUUUGCAGUGGCCUUUGGACUGACACUCUGGCCUUUGGAAAGAGGAAUGAGGUCCCUUGCAGCUGGUUCAGGAACUCUCAGCUCUCGAGGCGACCGUUGGCCUGAGGCACAGCGCGCGAUCGCUGAUUGAAGCAGGAGUCCUCUGCAUCGCCUCUUCAUCACCUCCUCAUCAGCUCUGGACCCCGGUGCCCGCCGCCCCUCUCCCGGCGCCCGUCCCGCGGUCUCCCCCGUCCCCGCUCUCUCUCUCUCCUCCCGUCCCAGAGCGUGCCCCGGGCCUUGUGCAGCGCUCGCGGCCCCGUGCCCCCCGCCGGCAGCCCCGCUGUGUGUUGGCGUGCGAUGGCGCGGCGGGACACCGAAGGUUGCCGCGCCGGGCUGUGAUGUCAGAGCCCAGCAGCCCCGGAGAGAGCCAGUGUGGCGCUCCUAGAUUCUUCGUGGGCUGCGAGGACGAUGAGAACGAGAGCCUGGACGACUGCAGCAUGAGGACAGACAUGGAGCUGUACGAGGAUGACGAGGAGGCCGACUCGCCCCCAGAGCGGCAGAUCGUGGUGGGGAUCUGCUCGAUGAUGAAGAAGUCCAAGUCCAAGCCCAUGACCCAGAUCCUGGAGCGGCUCUGCAAGUUCGAGUACAUCACCGUCGUCAUCUUCCCCGAGGACGUGAUACUCAACGAGGCCGUGGAGAACUGGCCCCUCUGCGACUGCCUCAUCUCCUUCCACUCCAAAGGAUUUCCUCUGGACAAAGCAGUGAGUUACGCAAAACUCAGAAACCCACUUCUCAUCAACGACCUGAACAUGCAGUACUUCAUACAGGACAGGAGGGAGGUGUAUCGCAUUUUGCAGGAAGAAGGGAUCGAUUUACCGCGCUACGCCAUAUUAAACCGGGACCCAGACAAGCCGGAGGAGUGCAACCUGGUUGAAGGAGAGGACCACGUGGAGGUGAACGGGGAGGUCUUCCAGAAGCCUUUUGUGGAGAAGCCGGUCUGCGCCGAGGACCACAACGUGUACAUCUACUACCCCACCUCCGCCGGCGGGGGCAGCCAGCGCCUCUUCCGAAAGAUUGGGAGCCGCAGCAGUGUGUACUCACCGGAGAGCAGCGUGCGGAAGACGGGCUCCUACAUCUACGAGGAGUUCAUGCCCACAGACGGCACAGACGUGAAGGUGUACACAGUGGGUCCGGAUUACGCCCAUGCUGAGGCUCGUAAAUCCCCAGCCCUGGACGGGAAGGUGGAACGGGACAGCGAGGGAAAAGAGAUCCGCUACCCAGUGAUGCUUACUGCCAUGGAGAAGCUAGUGGCUCGCAAGGUGUGCCUGGCUUUCAAGCAAACGGUGUGUGGCUUUGACCUCCUUCGAGCGAACGGACACUCCUAUGUCUGUGAUGUCAAUGGCUUCAGCUUUGUGAAGAACUCCAUGAAGUACUACGAUGACUGUGCCAAGAUCCUGGGGAACAUCGUGAUGAGGGAGCUGGCUCCCCAGUUUCAGAUCCCCUGGUCCGUCCCUGCCGAAGCGGAGGACAUCCCCAUUGUCCCCACCACGUCUGGAACCAUGAUGGAGCUGCGCUGUGUCAUUGCGGUAAUCCGGCACGGGGACCGAACCCCCAAACAGAAGAUGAAGAUGGAAGUGAGAAACCCGAUGUUCUUCGAUCUGUUUGAAAAAUACGGAGGCUAUAAGACAGGGAAGCUGAAACUGAAGAAGCCAAAGCAGUUACAGGAGGUGCUGGACAUUGCCCGGCAGCUGUUGGCAGAUCUGGGACAGCACAAUGACUGUGAGAUUGAAGAGAAGAAGUCCAAAUUGGAGCAGCUUAAAACAGUUCUGGAGAUGUAUGGCCAUUUCUCUGGAAUAAACAGGAAAGUACAGCUCACCUACCUGCCUCAUGGCCAGCCCAAAACAUCCAGUGAAGAGGAAGAUUCCCGUAAGGAGGGCCCCUCCUUACUGCUGGUGCUGAAAUGGGGCGGGGAGCUGACCCCGGCGGGCAGAGUGCAGGCGGAGGAGCUGGGCAGGGCCUUCCGCUGCAUGUACCCUGGAGGACAAGGUGACUAUGCCGGGUUCCCUGGCUGCGGCCUGCUGAGGCUGCACAGCACCUACCGGCACGACCUCAAGAUCUACGCGUCCGACGAGGGCAGGGUGCAGAUGACCGCAGCGGCCUUCGCGAAGGGUCUGCUGGCCCUGGAGGGCGAGCUGACGCCCAUCCUGGUGCAGAUGGUGAAGAGUGCCAACAUGAACGGGCUGCUGGACAGCGACAGCGACUCGCUGACCGGCUGCCAGCAUCGCGUGAAGGCCCGGCUGCACGAGACCAUGCAGAAGGACGAGGACUUCACCGAGCAGGACUUCGACAGGCUGGCUCCAACGGGCAGCCCUUCCCUGGUGAAUUCUAUGAAGAUGGUGGAGAAUCCGGUAAAAACAUGUGACCAGGUUUAUGCGCUUAUCCAGAGUCUCACCUCCCAGAUCCGCAAGAGGCUGGAGGACCCCAAAUCAGCAGACCUGCAGCUCUAUCACAGUGAGACCCUGGAGCUGAUGCUGCAGCGCUGGUCCAAACUGGAGCGCGACUUCCGCAUGAAGAGCGGCCGCUACGACAUCAGCAAGAUCCCGGACAUCUACGACUGCGUGAAGUACGACGUGCAGCACAACGCCUCCCUGGGACUGGAGGACACGCUGGAGCUCUUCAGGCUGUCCCGCGCGCUGGCCGACAUCGUCAUCCCACAGGAGUAUGGCAUCAACAAAGUGGAGAAGCUGGACAUUGCGUACGCCUACUGCCUCCCGCUGGUGAGGAAGAUCCAGAUGGACCUGCAGAGGACACACGAGGACGAAUCGGUCAAUAAACUGCACCCGCUGUACUCCCGUGGAGUGAUGUCACCUGGUCGCCAUGUGCGAACUCGGCUCUAUUUCACCAGUGAGAGCCACGUCCACUCCCUGCUCAGCAUCUUUCGCUAUGGAGGCCUGCUCGAUGAGGAGAAGGACCAGCAGUGGAAGCGUGCCAUGGAUUACCUCAGCGCUGUGACCGAGCUCAAUUACAUGACACAGAUCGUCAUUAUGCUGUACGAGGACAAUAACAAGGACCCCUCCUCAGAGGAACGCUUCCAUGUGGAGCUGCAUUUCAGUCCCGGGGUGAAGGGCUGCGAGGAUGAGGAGAACGCACCCAUGGGUUUCGGGUUCCGCCCCGCCUCUGCUGAGAACGAGCAGAAGCAGACGGAUCCUGGCAGCCUGGAGGACCUGUCCCGCGACGAGCCCGACCGGGCCGUGCCGCUCACCGAGCCAAUCAGCAUCCAGAGGAGGUCCCCGCUCAUUCGCAACCGCAAGACGGGCUCCAUGGAGGUCCUCUCCGAAACGUCGUCCUCCAAGGCGGGGGGCUACCGCCUCUUCCCCUCCUGCUCGCGCCAGUCGCCAGAGAUGAAGCAGAGCGGAUUAGGGUCUCAGUGUGCAGGACUCUUCAGUACCACCGUCCUAGGGGGGUCCUCUAGCGCCCCCAACCUGCAGGACUACGCGCGUACACACCGCAAAAAAUUCUCCUCUGGCAGUCUGUCCUAUAAAGACGAGUUGUUGUCUAUGCCGGCAGUAAAGCGAUUUUCUGUGUCGUUUGCAAAGCAUCCGACUAAUGAGCCCCUGGACGAGCACCAUGUGGUCCAGCUCCUGAGGCGGUCCUCCACAGACCUGGCAAUGGGCUACCCGCUCUUUCUGGAUGGGGCGCUCGCCCACCACCUGCACCAGUGCUCCUACCACCUGCGCCUCUUCCGCAACUGGUUACUCUCCGGCCAGGACGCCCUAGAGUACCUCUACGGCUUCGAGGGCUGCUCCAUGGUGCCCUCUAUCUACCCGCUGGAGACGCUGCACAACUCGCUCUCGCUCAAGCAGGUGGAUGAGUUCCUGACGGCCGUGUGCGAGAGUGCCGGAGACUCGCACUCCAGAACCACCAGAGCUCUCUCUGCCAUGUUCGACUCUCAGAGCCAGCCCUCUGUGGAUGCCUACAUCCCCCAGAGAGUCCUGUCCUCCUCCGUGUCCCUGCGCCAACGGGCGGAGCGCCCGCCUUGGUACAGCAGCGGUCCGUCGAGCACGGUGUCCAGCGCCGGGCCGUCCUCGCCCACAACCGCGGACACGUCGCCCCGCUUCAGCUUCAGCGACAAGACCCCGCUGACGCCCCAGAGCAGCGAGGAGGCGCACUCCGGCCAGCAGGGGGGUGGCCAGCCCUCCGCCAACGCGCCCGGCAGCCCGCCGCCUGACGCCAGCCCCACCGCCGCUCAGCCGGACGCUGAGGCUGAAGCUCCGGGCAGCCCCGGCCAGGAGCCAGCGGCAGCACCCGAGGAAGCCCUGGGCGAGGCCGGGGACAGCCCGCCCAGCGCGGCGCUGCAGGACCUCAGCCUGGGCCGGAUGGAGCCCUGCUGCGGGCUCCCCGGCUCUCUCCCCGUCCUGCUGGAGCUCCGGGAGAGCGGCUCCGAGGCCGGCUCCAGCGCGCAGACGCCCCUCACCCCGGAGGACAGCGACGAGUUCUUCGACACGCAAGAGACUGUGGACGUGUGGAAGAACAGCCCUGGGAAACUGCCCCACCCAGGAACCCCCCUGGAGGUGGGCGUGGCCCACUCGUCUGAGCCUUAGGGACAGGAAGAAAGAGAGAGAGGACGAGAAGGGGGGGGCAGAGCUGUGUUAGUGCUGUCUUAGACCUUCAGUGAUUCAACUGUCUUGUCUUGAAGGGGUUAACCCCUGUGUGAAGUAUAUAGCACUCAUACUGCUAUCGAACCAGAUGUCUGUUCAGCACUCUGUGGAGCAGUGUACAUAGGAGAACAGCAUCUCCGUUAUCACGGCUCGCUUUGCCACCGCCCUAUGCAAAAGCAACAAAAGGAAAACUAGCCUCUCUUACUCGUGUUCGUGGUUAAUGUUGCACGUUCAUGCACAUUUCGUGGGGAAGCGAUGGCUCUCAUCUCAGCCUCUUGUCUCUUAACAAAUGGCUUAGUAAAGUGAAGCAUUUGAUGCAGCUUCCUUGAACUGAAUCUGAUGCUGUCCAUCUGAAUUUCACUCCCCCCCAGCUGCCCUCCGCUCGUGUGCGCUGUACGCAUAGCUUAAAAAUGUUCAGUCACCGGCUGUGGAGAGCAGCUGACCGUCUGCCCAGAGAGGCCUGGUGGCUUCACUUUCCCUCUCUGUGAGGACAGAAGCCUUUCCUGAGGAGAGAGGCACUUCCUCUACGGGUGUUUCACACCAGGGAAACUCAUAGUGGCCAGUGGAUCAAGCCAGGACUGCAAGAAUCGCAACUGCUGUGUUCGGAAAUCGGGCAGUUCUCUUUUUUUGCUGUGUUCAUUUGUUCCUGUGUAGGUUAUGUCAUUGUUUAUCAUUUCCAAUGAAAAGUGUUGACUUUCUAUGUCUUUGUGUCAGUACGAUUUUUUUCAGAAUGACCCUACUGUGGUAAAUGACUUUGGAAGCGUAGUUUCUUUUUGAGAAGAGGAUCUGGGAAAAGGAGCUUCGGGUCUUAACCACUGUCUGACUCUCAUGCCUGCCCUCAUGGCUCAAACCAUAAUGGUACACAUUGUCAAGGGACGAGCGUGGUCUUUGUCCACUGUACUGCCAUACUGCCACAACGUACACUGAUAUCAAACCACGUACUGAACACACAUUCAAAAAAACCAAUCACUCAACUGCUUUUUUGCCAAAGUUUUUUAAGUGUCAUCUGCCACUAAUAUAAAGAAGUAAAGAUCUAUUUUUGACUGCAAACGAAGACUGCGAGAUGCAAGGUAGUAUUUUUAAUUGCUUAAAAUCACAAAUGAAAUAAUGUUUAAUCCUGCAUCGUGUUUCAUAUCAAGUUUGUAUUUUUGUAGCGUGCGAUGUCACAAAUUGAAAUGAAAACAGUGGAAAAUGCAAAUCCAUGCAUCGAUUGCUAAAGGAAAUUCAAAAUUGUCUCUUUUUUUUGUCACCCUGGUUGUGGCUCCACAUUUGAUACCAUGAGAAUUUCAAGAGCUGUCACCACUAAAAUACUGCUGUUUUUGUAAUGCGACCUAUUUCUUUUUAUUUGUUUGUGUGUAUUGUACAGUAUCGGCAAUAAGUUAAAAUGAGAUUCUGUAUUUUAUAAUUGGGAUUUAUUUAGUGUUUCUUUUGUAUAGUACAGAUGCUGAUUUAUGUAGGAGGAAAAACAUUAUUUAAUGUCAAUUGGAGAAAUUAUUGCUGCUCAGAAGGAAACACUGUAAAGUAUCAUGUUAAUAGAUGUGGAGGAAAAAAGAACAAUAUUAAAA